GGGCUCUACGCGUGGCCCGGCGCCGUGGUGCUCGCCCAGUACCUGUGGUUCCACCGCGCCGCGCUGCCCGGCACGAGAGUCCUGGAGAUCGGGGCAGGCGUUGGCCUCCCUGGUUUAGUAGCUGCCAAGUGCGGUGCUGAAGUUACCCUUUCCGACAGCGAAGAGCUCCCCCAGUGCUUGGAGAACUGUCGGAGGAGCUGCCUGAUGAACAACCUGCCUCAUGUACCUGUCCUAGGCCUCACGUGGGGACGGCUAUCUCCAGAGCUGCUCUCUCUUGCUCCUGUAGACAUUAUUUUAGGGUCCGAUGUCUUUUUUGACCCCAAAGAUUUUGAAAAUAUUUUAACUACUGUUUAUUACUUAAUGGAAAAGAAUCCACAUGCUCAGUUCUGGACUACCUACCAAGUCCGAAGUGCUGACUGGUCUAUUGAAGCCCUGCUCUGCAAAUGGAAGCUGAAGAACAUCCAUGUCCCACUACAAUCAUUUAAUGCAGACAAAGAGCACUUGGCCGGCUCCUCCUUACCAGGAAGGCAUACGAUUGAAAUGAUGAUCAUCUCACUAGCAAAUUCAGAUGGUACUUAAGUUUAUUCCACUUGUUGGUUCCAAUACAAGAUGAUACUGUAGCAUGGAUCUGCAGGAAACAGUCUGAUUUGCAGCAAACCUCAUGCA